CUAAAGCCUCCGCUGCAAACCAAGGCGGGGCAUCAACCUUUCCUUCUGUUGGAAACUCCCCCUUCUUCCCGGGCCGGCCGCGCCGGUUAGCGGGACAUGGCCUGCUGUGGAGCGGGCAGCACGGCCCCCGCGGUACCCCUGAGGUCCCCAGGAGUUGGCAGUAAGGGCUUGCAAAGGAAAGGGCCGUGGGAGCGGCGCCGGUUGAAGGCGGCGGUGGCGGAGCAGCUCAGCCGGGAUGUGCUCAGACUCUUAAGGGAAGAAAUUCAUACAGAUGUUACUUUCUCUGUAGAUGGUUCUUUGUUCAACAUACACAGAGCAAUCCUUUUAGCAAGAGUACCUGACUUUUAUUUUCAUGUUAUUGGACAGACAUCAAAUAAUUUAACAAAUCGUGAGCUUGUUUCUCUGGAUAAUAUCGAAGCUUCAGAAUUUAGAACAUUUUUACAGACUAUAUAUUCAUCAAAUAUGAGCAUAAAAAACUAUGAAGAGGAAAUUCUUAAGAGAAUAACACUAGAAAGCGUAAUGUCACAAAAGAAGCUUGACUUCAGUUUUCAAGACUGUAAAAGUGCAUCUGAGUGUUCUCUUGAGAAGCAUGAAGUUCCAAAGGACGUCACUGAUAGCGACGACAGCUUCAUUUACAGUGAUCAUUAUGACUUGGAACCUGCAUCUGAAUUAGGAGAAGAGCUGUUGAAGCUUUAUGUGAAGUGUUGUUGUCCCGACAUUGAUAUUUAUGUUGAUGGAAAAACUUUUAACGCUCACAGGGCCAUUUUAAGUGCCAGAUCCAGUUAUUUUGCUGCAAUGCUGAGUGGCUGUUGGGCUGAAAGCUCCCAAGAGUGUAUUACUCUUCAGGGUAUAAACCAUGUAGAAAUGAAUGUUAUGAUGCAUUUUAUAUAUGGAGGGACUUUGGAUUUUCCAGACAAAGCUAAUGUUGGUCAGAUACUCAAUAUGGCUGAUAUGUAUGGACUAGAAGGAUUAAAAGAAGUAGCAAUCUAUAUUUUAAGAAGAGAUUACUGUAAUUUCUUUCAGAAGCCUGUUCCCAGAACAUUGGCAUCUAUACUAGAAUGCCUAAUUAUUGCUCAUUCUGUUGGAGUGGAAAGUCUUUUUGCUGACUGCAUGAACUGGAUUGUAAGCCAUUUUGCAAGGUUUUGGUCCGAAAGAAGCUUUGCAAAUGUACCUCCUGAGAUUCAGAAAAGUUGUCUUAAUAUGUUGAUUCAUUCUUUAAACUCUAAGAAUGCUGCUUUUCUUCUGAUGGAAAGUGACAGACUUAUCUUCAGUUUACCUAGAGUAAAGUGGACGGAAUCAGCAUUGUCCAUGGCGUUCCAGCUCCAAGGAGAGUGUGUUGCAUUUAUUGUAGAAAACUUCCCUAAGGUCAUUCAGAGUGAGAGCUUCGCUCUUCUCUUGCAGUCACAGGCAAUGAGCAGCACGGCUGAGCUGUUGGACAAAAUUCUUAAAGCAAUUGAAGAAAAUAUUACCACUGAAAAUAGUUGCUCUCACCUUAUGGCUGUGGACACCUUACUGAAUUCUGAAAGUACAAAGGAAAUGGGUUUUACGUGCAAGAUCCAAGCUCUGCGUGAUAAGCUGUGGGUCUUCCUGGUUCAGUCUUUCUAUGCUGUUCGUCACACAGAAAGCUGGAAAUUGAUGAGCACAGAUGAUCAACAGAAAAUCCAAGCAGCUGCAUUUGACAAAGGUGAUGAUCGAAGACUUGGCAGAAAGCCUGUACUCACUAGCUCCCAGCAAAGGAGACAUGUUUCUGACUUUGGUGUUAUAAAAAAGAAACCUUUGCCAGAAAAUAACAAAAAAGGGUGUUGGACUUCUCUCUCUACUAAUCGGAAGAUGAAAUCUGAUGGAUUAGGAGCAUCUGGACAUGCGUCAAGCAUUAAUAGAAAUGGUAUAAAUAAAACCUUAAAGCAUGAUGAUUUAAAGGAAAAGGAUGGUAUAAAAACAUCUAAAGUUAUGAAAGAUUUGAAAACUGGGGAAAAAAGUAUUCCUGGAAAGUCCAAAACUACAGUAAAGCCUGAAACAGAAAAUAAUAAUAAUGUGAAGUCAGAAGAUCUGGCACCUAAAGUUGUGGAAAGGCCAGAAACAGCAGCAGCAGUGGGACCAAAAUAUUCAAUAAAUGGAAAAGGAAUCAGAAAUCAGGAAGGACAGAUUGCAGGUGCCAGACCCAAGGUGCUCACUGGAAACCUGAAUGUACAAGCCAAAGCCAAGCCCUUGAAAAAAGUGACAGGGAAAGAUUCCCCGCUCCUCCCCACUGCAGGGCCUUCCAGCAGAUCUACAAAUUCAAGUAUGGAGCUAUUGAUUACCACUGGGGGUCUAAAUGAACGGAAAGAAAAUGGGUCAGUGGGAGAGAAGUCUUCUGAUCAGAAGCCAUCGUUCUGUGGUGCUCCAGGAAGGAUGGUGAAAAAUGGAGUCGAUAGUGUCAAAAUUUCAACCGUAGUAAAAUCUCGACCAGUUUCAAGAGUCACCAAUGGAACAUCCAAUAAAAAAAGCAUUCAUGAACAAGACACUAAUGUAAAUGGCAGUGUACUAAAGAAGGCCAGUGGCAGAGGGUCUGCUGAUCCAGCACCACAGGUGAUGCUGAAGAACAGAGGGAGUAGCAGUGGCCAUGCUUCAGCCCAGCAAAGGACAAAGAGCACGCCGUCUACUCCUGCUGAAACUCGAGGAUCCCAAGGAGAGUCACCACAUUCUAUAAAAUCUUCUGUCUCUUCAAGGCAAUCUGAUGAAAAUGUGACCACGUUGAACCACAGUACAGCUGCAGAUAAACAAAUACCUAAGAGAAAAAUUGUCAAGCAAGGACACACAACUUUGCUGAAGGCUAAUGCAAAAGUGGUGUCAGUACCUAAAAACCUAGGUCAGUCCAAGAAGGGUGAAAGCUUGAGUAAUAAAGAGUCAAAACAGAAAGUGCUUCCAGUGCAAGUUAUGCUGAAAGCUCAGUCUUCAUCUCAAAGACUUUUGAAAACUGAAGCAACUAUUGUCCAAAAAAGCACACUUCCCAAUGUGCACGAGAACAAGAACAGCACUACUGAUCAAAAGCCUCACGGGUCUAUGUUAAACCUCACUUCUGAAAAGAGUCGUAUGGAAGCAAUCCAGUCAGCAUGCAGACACAACCCACAAAAGCCGAUAGGUAAUCAAGAAAAAAAGCCACUGGUGGUGGAAUGUCAAAACACUUCAAAGCUGGACAAAUCAAUACAACAGGAAUUGAAAUUAAAACAGAUUGCCUUAGAUCAAAGUGCAUUUCCCAGUUACAAAGACAUGAAUCAUUGCAAUGCAAAUUUGAACUUUCUUAGCACCACUGCUCUAAAUCCCAUGAUUUCAAAUCCAAGUGAAAACUCCUUAAACUCUAAUCCAGUUUCUGAUGUAGACUCACCAAAUGCAAAGCAAAUCCAUUUACCAUCAGAUAGAGAGAAACAAGUAGGGAAAAAAGAUGCAAAUAAAAAGUCAAGCAUGAAUUGUGUGAAAGAUGUUUUACGCUGCGUUCCUGAAAGGACAAGUGGUCCCUUAAACUCUCUUCAGGAUGACAGAAAAUCUGAAAUUCAUGCAGAAGAGCCAUCAGUUCCCAGCCAGUCACCUGAUGACUCUGCUACAAAAUAUGCUAGAUACACCACAGCCGACUCAGGCAUUUCCUCCAAAUGUUCUUUGGGACAACCAUCAGGAAAAAAUCCUAAAAAUAUAGACACAUCAGAGAAUCCAGAGAGCCAUGAAACUCUGGAAGCUCCAUUUAUGGGUCGCUGGAAUCUGGGCUCCAGUGUUGUGCAUCAGAGAGAGAGCCCGGAAUCGGACACUGGCAGUGCGACCACAUCCUCAGACGACAUAAAGCCCAGAUCUGAGGACUAUGAUGCUGGAGGGUCUCAGGAUGACGAUGGGUCAAACGACAGGGGCAUUUCUAAGUGUGGCACUAUGCUGUGCCAUGAUUUUCUUGGGAGAAGCAGCAGUGAUACCAGUACCCCUGAAGAAUUAAAAAUAUACGACAGCAACCUACGAAUCGAAGUGAAAAUGAAAAGGCACAAUGGUAACGAGCUUUUCCAGGUCAACUCGACAAGUGAUGAUGAGAUUCCCAGGAAAAAAACAGAAAUUUGUUCUUGCUCUGCAAUAGUUCAUCCUAGGGAAAAAGAAAAUAUUCCUCGAGGUAGUGUCCCAUUUGCUCAGGAAGUGGAUCAGGUUUCUUCAUCAGCAGAUGAAACAGAAGAUGAGAGAUCUGAAGCAGAAAACGUUGUGGGAAAUUUCCCUCUAUCUAACCCAGAUCCUCAGCAGUUUCAGGGAAUAAUUAACUUAGCUUUUGAAGAUGGGACUGAAAGUGAAAGUCGAGAGUUUUCUGCAGCUAAGAAGUUUAGAAGAUCCAUUUUGCUUUCGGUAGAUGAAUGUGAAGAGCUGGGAUCUGACGAAGGGGAAGUCCAUACUCCCUUUCCACCUGCUGUAGAUUCUCUUUCGCCUUCUGAUGUUUUUGAUGGUGCUGCUCAUGAGCAUCAUGGGAGGACUGGCUACUCCAGGUUCUCACAAGAAAGUAAAGACAAUACGUUACAACAUAAGCAAGAAGGUGAAAGCAACAGUGCAUAUAAAAAUGAGAGCGUUCUCCUGAGUCCCAGUAGCAGUGACUCUUCAAGAAAAGAUAAACAAAGUGUCUCAGCCACAGACCAAAAGAGCAGAUUAGAUGUCGUGUCCAAAGGAAGCCAGCAGCCUUUGCCAGAGGAUAAAAAAGUAAACCAUGGAAGUGAGGGGGCUAAUGGCCUUCAGCAGCACAGCAAGUUCCUGGAUAAUGACAUGAAAUCUCAAGAAAGACCUUGUCAUUUGGAGCUUCAUCAAAGAGAGCCCAACUCUGACAUACCAAAGAGCAGCUCAACAAAAUCUCUAGACUCCUUCCGGAGUCAGGUUCUGCCUCAGGAAGGUCAAGUGAAACAGAGCCAUUCUUCAGCUCCUGAGAAAGCCAAUAAUGCUUUAUCUUCAGGAGACAUAGAUGAUUGUGACACACUGGUCCAAACCCGUAUGUAUGACCACCGGCCUUCAAAAACCCUCUCUCCAAUAUAUGAGAUGGAUGUAACAGAAGCAUUUGAGCAGAAAAUGGAAUCAGAAACACAUGUCACAGACACAGAUUCUGAAGAUGAUCAACACUUUGCAAAACAGGAUUGGACACUGCUAAAGCAACUGCUCUCUGAACAAGAUUCAAACUUAAAUGUCACAAGUUCUCUUCCUGAAGACCUAAAUUUAGCACAGUAUUUAAUCAAUCAGACACUCCUUUUAGCUCGAGAUAGCUCGAAACCUCAGGGUACAGCACAUGCUGACACUUUGAACAGAUGGAGUGAGCUAACAUCUCCACUUGAUAAUUCCUCAGCAAGUAUCACCAUGGCUAGUUUUUCCUCUGAAGAUUGUUCACCUCAAGGGGAGUGGACAAUUCUGGAAUUAGAAACUCAGCAUUAAGAGUCCUUAACGUUUUGAAAAAAAUUAAACUAUGCCACCUCUGUAAUUUUUGAUGCCUAUAUCAUAUUUAAAUUAUAAUUGCAUUAGCCAGAUACAGACUGUCCUUAAAAUUGAUGGAGUCUUUCAAUUUAUUGAGGUAAAUACAGCCUAUUUAUUAAUACAAUGUCACACGUUAAAAAUGUUUUUCUAAAUUUUUGAGCAUGUUUUCUAUAACUGUUAGAGAAAUUAGAAGACUCAAGGAAAUCUUUGCCUUUUUCUUUCCAACUUGAUAAUUUGUUCAUUUAUUCAAGAAUUUCACAUCUGCGCACAAGUAGAUCGGUCCCUUUGCUUUUGGCUUUGCGUAUGUCACCAUAGUAAUUUAAUAAUAAAAAACUUACUGUGUUUGUGUCCAUUA